AUGCCUGCCGAACACCACUGUCGCAAAUUGCGUCUCAGCUCCCUUUCCAUACUUUUCUCUGUCGUUGUCAGUGCCUUGGGCCAGCAUGAGAAGCCUAGACAUUAUCAUAGAUAUGGCAAGUUUGAAAUCUCUUUGCGGCACCCCUUCGCGUGGAAUCCACGGUGGAUGAAAGCCGCUGCCUACUUCGGCACCGGCAAUGAGCGAACUCACGCUGAACUUUCAUUCCCCGACGAAUUUUUAGAUAUCUACGGAGCCAACUACUUCAUCACCGAUGUUCCAGCAGAGAACUUGACCUAUCUUGUCUAUGUUUUCGCCAACGUCAACACUACUACUGGCAGCGUGUAUGAACACAUCAACGUCUUUGGAGAGAUAGCUCAGCAAAAGACAUUAUACAUAGGAUAUUGA